GAAUAGCAACUAGUUCAACCACUUUCAUUCUCUCUACCCUUUCAUUAAUUUCCCACCAAUUAUCUUUCACACGAGUCUCACCAUUUUCUUUCUCCGAAACCUGCUUAUGCUGAGAGAGAGAGAGAGAGGAGCUCCCUAGCUAGCUCACAAAUUAUAUACCCAGUCGUUGUUUCAUGCAAAAAAAAAAUAUUAUCCUUUUGAGCCUCGAGCACUAGUGUUUUGUAUUUUUAACCUCCACCUGCAAUCAACAAUGGACAAUAAUCUACCAAUCAGCGUGCAUCAGAGAAAAGCUGCCAAAAAGACCAAAUCCAAGAAGAAUUUUAAGCCUAUCAAGGUGGUGUAUAUCUCCAAUCCCAUGAAGGUCAAGACCAGUGCCUCCCAAUUUAGGGCCUUGGUCCAAGAGCUCACUGGCCAGGACGCCGAGUUUCCGGUCCCCACCAAGUUUUUAUGCACCGAUAACGAUGUCGGCGGUCAUCAAACGGUUCCUGGUCCGGUCAUGAAGGCCGGCAGCGAUGAUUAUUCGCCGGAGGCUCCAGUAGUUGACCUCGGUCAAGAGCAGACGGAGAGUUCGGGUUACCAGUUCGAUCCGUACGAUGAUGAUGAUGUUUUCACUCCCCUGCAGACGAUAGAGAAUCUGCCGGCCGCCGGGACGUCGUUCUUGCCCUCAAGUGUGUUCUAUGAAUCCCCUCAAGUUGAUGUGGUUUGAAGCCUGGAUCCAGAUGUGUGAAUUGAGUAAGCUCCCUGAGAACUAGCUACAAUAAUAAUUAUUAUAUGGUGUAUAUGUGUUCUCUCUAGCUUGUAUGUUGUACGUAAUUGGAGGCCGUAUGUCAUGUUUGACUCUUUGUAUUUAACCUUGUUUGGGUAAAAAUAUCUAAUAACCCAGGGAUACAAGUACUC